GGCAUGUAUACCUUUGAAUCGGCACCGCCAGCCUUGCCUCAAAAUAGACUAGCUUGGUUAACCGAAAGUUUUCCACACAUACCAAUUUGAAGAAUUUCUACAGAUUGUGAAUUUUGAUCUCAACAGAAUCAAUCGUCGACACCAUUCCCACCAAACCGAUUCCAUUUCACAGUCACCAUGCCUCCAAAGUUGGACCCCAAUGAGAUCAAGAUCAUCCACCUGAGAGCCACUGGUGGUGAAGUCGGUGCUUCCUCAGCAUUGGCUCCCAAGAUCGGUCCUCUUGGUUUGUCACCAAAGAAGGUCGGAGAAGAUAUCGCGAAGGCCACUGGAGACUGGAAAGGAUUGAGAGUCACCGUCAGACUCACCAUCCAAAACCGUCAAGCCGCUGUUUCCGUCGUCCCAUCCGCCUCCUCCCUUGUCAUCAAGGCACUUAAGGAGCCUCCCCGUGACCGCAAGAAGGAGAAGAACAUCAAGCACAGCAAGUCAAUCACUCUUGAUGAGGUUAUCGAGAUCGCCAGAACUAUGAGAUUCAAGUCUCUCGCAAAGGAGUUGAAGGGUACCGUUAAGGAGAUCUUGGGUACCGCUUUCUCCGUUGGUUGCCAAGUUGAUGGAAGAAGUCCAAAGGAUGUUAGCGACGAUAUCGAGUCUGGAGAGAUCGAGAUCCCUGAGGAAUAAAUCAAAAAUUACUUCAUUAAUCGCAAUGUUUCACGGGCUACAUACUUCACAAUAGGCUGGGGGAGCAAUGUCAAUGAUUCAACAAACCAAUCUGCUAUCUCAUACAUGGUGAUUCCUCGAUUUACAGUUAACUUACGCGUGAAUUGAUGUGAAUGUCCCAAUAUAUGAGAAUGCCCAAGAGGAUGCCAAGAAAGUAGUCGAGAACAUAUACCCUCGAUAGGGAGGCGUCGAUACUGGCACUAGCCGGCAGUAUUACGCCCCAGCAAAUCAUCUUCACACCCCCCUAACGACGAUACCGGCAAUAUUUGUCAAGGCCUCGAGUCGAUAAUUUCCACCCUCGUAUUGGGUGGUUCGAUUCGUGGUUUCAGCAAGCUUUCGAGACCAAGAGAGCAAUUGUCCGGCUAGUCACCACAGGAUAUCCUUCUUCCGAAAUGGUUGUAACGGUUUUAUGAAUUUUUGAAUCACAUAUGGAUUGAUUUGUCCGGCUAUUCAAAAUUCGCCUCAUGUUUGUGACUGCAUACUCACUCAUCUUGACAGAUAGUAGUUAUACGCUUCGGCGUAGUGAUGCCAAUUGGGCUACAGUAUCACCUCAUUGGUUUGCGCAGCGAUGAUCACAACAGGGGUAGUGCAUAAAAUGGUCGAUGAUGGGUAGAGGGAGGUGGGAUGGCAGUCUACGGCGCCGAGGUACCAUUAUUUUGAUUAUGACCGAGUAGAUGCAGUUUCUGCAGUUUCAUGUUAUUGAAAUUGUGGUAUCAACAGUAGAUGCAACCAUUGUGAGAGAGUUUUCGAAGUCAUAGAGUAAAUCAAUUCUACCGUGUGGAAUCUGGGAUAUAAAAGCUUUCGUGUCAAGGGGUUUGCUUCUCUAUCACAUUUCUUGAAUUGGGGUCUACGCAGCCACCUAGAUAAUUCGCCCUGGGAUGAAGAUUCGCUCGUAUGUUACGCUGACUCCUGCUGACGCACGAAGAAAGACAUGAAGGGUUUUCUUGGAGUGAACUUGUGGUACCCAUAAGCAUAAGUAGCUGAGAGGCGCUUCAGCCAUCAUGGCCUUGCUCUCGCGAGCAUGAUUGGAUCAGCCCCUUGCAAUCAAACCUUGUUCUUUAUCUGUGCUUUGCCUUCUUUUCCCAUUUCCUGCAGGAUUGGAUCCGAGUUAAUAAAGACAAUACGAUUUGGAUGCUUGUCUGGGUUUUUUGUUGAUUUAUGAUCCGUGUAAUAGAUAGAUACAUCCCACA